AUGUCACUCGAACAAACUUUAUCAACCCAAUUAUCAAAGCAUCCAAAACCACAAGGCUUAAAAUUCACUUAUGGUACAGCUGGAUUCCGUACUAAAGCCGUAGACUUAGAUUAUGUCAAUUAUACAGUUGGGAUUCUUGCCUCUCUCAGAUCCAAAUAUCUCGGAGGUAAGACUGUUGGUGUCAUGAUCACUGCUUCUCACAACCCACCUGAAGAUAACGGGGUUAAGGUUGUUGAUCCUUUAGGAUCAAUGUUGGAAAGUUCUUGGGAGGCUUAUGCUACCACAUUGGCAAACUCAAGUCAUGAAGAAUUGUUAACCAAUAUUAAUAAGCUCGUUGAAGAAUUAAAGAUUGAUUUGGAAAUUCAAGCCAAGAUUGUGAUUGCUAGAGACUCUAGAGAAAGUAGUGAACGUUUAUCCAAUGCUUCUAUUGAUGGAUUUAAAUCUGUUCCAAACACUACCUAUCAAGAUUAUGGAUUGUUUACUACACCUCAAUUACAUUAUAUCACUAGAACCUUGAACGAUCCUAAGUUUGGUGAAGUCUCUGAAGAAGGGUAUUAUAAGAAAAUGGCAGAAUCAUUCAAACAAAUCUAUAAACUUGCCGGAGGAAAUGAAAAAAUUGAUAUCACAAUUGAUUCUGCCAAUGGGGUAGGUGCACCAAAAAUCACCGAAUUAUUAUCCAAAUAUUUAUCAGAGGAAGUAUCAUUCAAUGUUGUUAAUGGAAACUAUACCCAUCCUGAAUUAUUAAAUUUCCAAUGUGGUGCUGAUUUCGUGAAAACUGGUCAAAAAUUACCCAAAAAUGUUGAAUCGCCAAUCCCAAAUAAAUUAUAUGCAUCCUUUGAUGGUGACGCUGACAGAUUGAUCUGUUAUUACAUCGAUCCUGAAUUCAAAUUAUUGGAUGGUGACAAAUUAUCCACCUUGAUUGCAUUAUUCUUACAACAAUUGUUUGAGAAGAUCGACAGUAAUAAAUUAUCCUUAAAUAUCGGGGUUGUUCAAACUGCUUAUGCUAAUGGAUCAUCGACCAAAUAUGUCGAAGAUGUUUUAAAGAUUCCUGUCCGUUGUACUCCAACUGGUGUCAAGCAUUUACAUCAUGAAGCUGAAAACUUUGAUAUUGGUGUUUAUUUCGAAGCCAAUGGUCAUGGUACUGUGAUUUUCAACCCAGAAGCAGAAGCCAAGAUUUUCAACUAUAAACCAGAUGAAUCUAAUUCUGAAGAAGUUAAGGCUAUUAAAGUCUUACAAGAAUUUAGUAAAUUGAUUAAUCAAACUGUUGGAGAUGCUAUUUCUGAUUUAUUAGCUGUAUUGAUAAUCGUUCAUUACUUAAAUUUAACUCCUGAAAGUUGGAAUAAAUCAUAUACUGACCUUCCUAACAAGUUGAUUAAAGUAAUUGUCCCAGAUCGUACAAUUUUCAAAACGACUAAUGCAGAAAGAACAUUGGUUGAACCAGUUGGUUUACAAGCUAAAAUUGAUCAAUUGGUCGCAUUGUAUCCAAAUGGUAGAUCUUUUGUUAGGGCUUCCGGUACUGAAGACGCCGUAAGAGUCUAUGCUGAAGCUGACACUAGAUCAAAUGUUGAAGCUUUAUCUGCUGCUGUUGCUGAGUUGCUUAAAUAG